AUGUGGUGGCGGUUAUUGACAAGCUCAUUAGGACACACAUUUGACGACAGACUCUUACUUCGAAAUACUGGGGACCGUGGUGAAUCCUACCACCGUCAGGAUGCUUGCGGUGACGAAGCUUGGCAAAAAUAUCGUCAGACUCUCAUAGACAUGUCUUUGGUCAACGACGCGAUAAAUCUGAUGCACGACGGGCGGUUCUACCACACAAUCUUCACCGAACAGAGUCACCCAGUCACUUUUAACUUCUCAUACCCUUUCCCAAUCACAAUGGCCAUGCAGACUGCCUCCUCUGCCUCCUACACGGACGACCAGAUACGGAACAUCAUCCAAGGCCCAGGAGAUGUCGAAUGGCGAUAUGAGAUGCGGCGAGAGUGCCAGGAAAUUAUACCCGGCCUCCUCCUUGGACCUUUCGUUGCCUCCAAAUCACUCGAAACGCUCCAGAAGCACAAUAUCACUCAUAUUGUGUGCAUCCGUGAUGCCAAGGAGGCAUUCUCAGUCCGACCCCGGUUUCCAGAGCACUUCACAUACCUGACGCUGGACGUGGAGGACAAUGAGGAGCAAAACUUGAUUCGUCUCUUCCCUGGGGCAAAGCAGUUCAUCGACCAAGCAAUCCACCAGGGCGGACAAGUCCUAGUUCAUUGCAACGGUGGAAUCAGUCUCUCGCCGACGUUUGUCGUCAUGUUCGUUAUGCAGCACUAUCAACUUUCAUGGGAGGACGCCUUGCAUCUGGUCCAGAACCGGCGUUACUGCAUCUCUCCGAAUGGCGGCUUCCUUACUCAGCUUAAGGAAUACGAGGCAAUCUAUAGGGCCAAUGUCGCUGUCUCGUCAUUCCCGCGACAAAUCCCCACUGUCGCCCGACGGAAGCGUGAAGACGAUGAUGAGGACGAAGCUGAGCUUGACCGCUUCGACGACCGAAAACGCAUACUCAUAGACCCCACCAACCAGCCACCACCACUCCCAACGUCUAUUCUAUAUGACCCCGACGCGAUGGAGAUAUCCUAG